CAGGCGGGGCGGGCGGGCGCGGGAGGCACGCCGCAGCUCGGCCCGCACGGCCGCCCAUGGCCCCGCCGCGCCCGCCCCGCCUGCUGCCCGCGCUGCGCGCGCUGCUCUACUGGUCGCUGGUGUACGGCUACUGCGGGCUGUGCGCCUCCGUGCACCUGCUCAAACUUCUCUGGAGCAUCGGCCGGGCCCCGGCGCAGACCUUCCGCCGCGCGGCCCGGCCCAGCCCGCCCGCCUGCCUCAGCGACCCCUCCUUGGGUACCCACUGCUACGUGCGCAUCAAGGACUCGGGCCUGAGAUUUCACUAUGUCGCUGCUGGAGAAAGAGGCAGACCACUCAUGCUGCUGCUUCAUGGAUUCCCAGAAUUCUGGUAUUCCUGGCGUCAUCAGCUGAGAGAGUUUAAAAGUGAGUACAGAGUCGUUGCUCUGGAUUUGAGAGGCUAUGGAGAGUCGGACGCACCAGCUCAUCUGGAGAGCUACAAACUGGACUGUCUGAUAGCAGACACAAAGGACAUCGUGGACUCCUUAGGGUAUAGCAAAUGUGUCCUGAUCGGCCAUGACUGGGGAGGCAUGAUUGCCUGGCUGAUCGCCAUCUGCUACCCUGAGAUGAUAAUGAAGCUCAUUGUUAUUAACUUCCCACACCCAAGUGUAUUCACAGAGUAUUUUCUGCGGCACCCUGCCCAGCUCUUCAGAUCUAGCUUUUAUUACUUCUUCCAAAUACCACGGUUCCCAGAAUUUAUGUUCUCAAUUAAUGACUUCAAGGCUCUGAAGCACCUGUUCACCAGCCAGAGCACGGGCAUUGGGAGAAGAGGUCGGCAGCUGACCUCAGAAGAUCUCGACGCCUACGUUUAUGUCUUUUCUCAGCCUGGAGCGCUAAGUGGUCCGAUCAACCAUUAUCGAAACAUUUUCAGCUGCCUGCCUCUCAAACAGCACAUGGUGACCACACCGACGCUGCUCCUGUGGGGAGAGGAAGAUGCGUUUAUGGAGGCUGAGAUGGCUGAAGUCACAAAGACUUACGUUAAAAACUAUUUCAGACUCAGCGUUCUGUCAGAAGGCAGCCACUGGCUUCAGCAGGAGCAGCCUGACACAGUGAACAGGCUGAUAUGGGCAUUCCUAAGGGAAGAAACAAGAAGAGACUGCUCUUAUUCUAUAAUGGAAUCUCGAAAAACCUCUUAAAACUUGUUCGUCAACUUAUGUUUUAUUAGAAAAAAUACCUGUCUUCAUAUGCUUGAUUAUAAAUAAAUAUAGUGACAUGGUAUUGAAAAAAAUCUGUUUUUUUUUCAUGUUUGUACAGAAGAACAUUUGCCUUAAAAUACACAAUUGUACUAAAUGGUUAUUGGAGAAAAUGGCUAAGAUUUGGCUUCUUAUUUUCUUUAUCCUAUUAACAUAUGGUGCCUUUUACAAACAUACAUGACUAACAGGCAGAUCUGGAAUGGCAAACAUUUAUAUUUCCCUGUUAAAAUGUUCUUAUUUCUUUUUUGGCCAUUAAAAAUUCCAUCAACUCCUA